AUGAGAUGGGCGGUAGAAGGACUUAUGGCGAAUGAAUACAAUGAUUUAGGAAUGCACUGUCAGCAUUGCACAGAUUGCAGAAAAUGCGAUAUUUUAAGUGAUUUUGAUUUUAAUAGAAGUAUCGGAGAAACUAUAUUGUAUCAAUGCAUUUUGCUUGUAGGCUAUAGACUCCUUGCGUUUGUGCUGCUGUGGAAACGAGCUUUAAAUGCACGCAGAUAA